AAGAUGAAUCAAGGAAUUGCAGCAGGCCCAAGACAGUCAGUCUCAUUCUGCUGAGAGCCUCUCUGCAGUUUCCCAGCUGCUGCUCCUGAGCCGGAGUGGAGAGUCCCCUCACCCCACUGCACACACAGAGACAAAAGGCCUGAUUCGCCUGCUGAACACUGCCCCCUCUCUCCAUCCGUUCCUUCAUGCACAGCCGUGGUGGUGGUGGUCCUGGUGUUGGUGGUGGUGGCAGGGGCAUUAGGAAAAAAACAAGGCCUGCAUGGACUGGGACUAAAAUCUAGGACUGACCCCACUGAAGGAGAGAGGGAAAUGAGGGAGGAAGGGGAGGUGGGUGAGGCUGAAAUGGCUGGGGCUGUUGGAGGCAGGUGCUAAGGCCUCUACAGGAAGACUUUCCCCCUCUCCUGAUUAUCCCUAAGAGUGGAAAAAAAAAUCUCACACGGGAUGGAAUGAAGAAAAGAGGGGUUUUAUAGUGGCUGGACAGGGACGGAGGCAAGAGGGUGACCUUCUCAUCAGACCAGGAGAAGGAACAUGGGAGAUAUGAAGACACCAGACUUUGACGACCUGCUGGCGGCCUUCGACAUCCCUGACAUAGUGGAUCCUCAAGCCGCUAUUGAAUCUGGCCACCAAGAUGAACAUGGUGGACAACUCAAGCAACCAAGUUGUGGGAUAAUUCCAAAUGAAAAUGAUACCCACAACCCUUUAAAUGUACAUGACAUUGGGGUCAGCGUGAUUGUUAAAAACAUCCGAAACAAGGACGCAAGUGAUCAUGGUCGAACAAGAUUAGGGAAAGAUGGACAAUUCAACCCCCACGCCCCACAACGUUCCAUUGACAAUGGACUUCAUAAUAGCCGCUUGCCUAUGGUAUCACCUGUUGGUCACACCAAGAAUGGACUGAAAACUCCCAGAGAAGAGGUACAUAAAAUCAACAAUCCUUCCUCUACCGCCAGUCAGUUCAGUCCAAUCUCUAGUGCUGAAGAGUUUGAUGAUGAUGAUAAAAUUGAGGUAGAUGAUCCUACAGACAAGCAAGCAGCUCAGACAUUCAACAGGCCUGCUGCUAAGAUAAAGGACCAGAAACACACACCUUCUCUAGCAGACAGUGCAACUAAGCCCAAGGCAAACAGAGAUGACCAAACUGAUCAAAACAAUAACCACGGGACUGUUAGAGGUUCAAAGUCUAACAAUCCCACUGAAUCAAAUUAUUCUGAAGAAGACCUCGAGGGGACCAUCCUCAAAUCUCAAAGUCAAGAGAAGAAGGAUGCCGAAGAGUCAUUAGGGCUUGCUGAAGUGUCCAGUAUCCCCAAAGUCAGAGCCAGGACUUCCACAAAACUUUCAUCUUGUAUUGCAGCAAUAGCAGCACUCAGUGCCAACAAUGUUAGUGCUGAAGACUUAGGUGCUCUGAAUUCUCCUACAAAACAGCAAGAAUCUGUCAAGCUUGUAAGUAAACCCCAAGCAACAGAGAGACUAGAGGAGCAAGAAUCAGCCCAAGAGUUUGGAAAGAAAGCAGUAACAGGAUUGCCAGAAAGCCCCUGUAGUAUCACAAGUGAGGGCAGCAGCAAAGGUUCUCCUGCCUCAGGCACAGACACCACCCUCAUCAUCCCGAAGGUCAGGAUCAAAACAGUCAAAACUUCAUCUGGGCAGAUCAAACGUACUGUCACCAGUGUUCUCCCUGAGUUCGAUUCUGAUGGUCUGAAAAAAACUGAUAAUAUCUGCGUUAUGGCAACAACCAGUGCAAUUUUCUCAACAGAAACAAGGCCCUCACUGCCAAUGACAGUUGUAGCCACCAGUGGCAGACCUUCAAUUGAAAUAACCAAGCAAAUGAAAAUUAAACCUGUGGCCACAGCUUUCCUGCCAGUCUCAGCAGUCAAGACGGCUGGUUCACAAGUCAUCAACCUUAAACUGGCUAACAACACCACAGUCAAAGCAACAGUCAUCCCUGCUGCCUCGGUGCAAACUGCUAGUACUGCCAUCUUGAAAGCUGCUAAUGUUAUCAAGCAAAAAACUGUCAUGGUACCUGCUUCCAGUCUGGCUAAUGCCAAACUUAUCCCCAAGACAGUCCAUCUUAGUAACAUCAAUUUUCUUCCUCAGACAGUGUCUCCUGCCGCUUGUGUUAUACAGCAGGCUCUGUCCUCCCCAAAACCUCCCCAUCAACAAUCACAGCAAGUCAAACAACAGAUAACUGUCACUGGCCAGACCACAAAGAAUGUCUCUAGGGUCCAAAUGUUCACUAGCUCUCAAAGCUCUGUAGUGGAUGCUUUCAAUAAAGUCCUGAGUAGCAUGAAUCCCGUUCCUGUGUAUGUCCCAAACCUCUCCCCACCAACCUCAGCCUGUAUCUCUAUACCUUCACGGGGCUACACAUGCCUCGAAUGUGGAGAUUCAUUUGCCCUUGAGAAGAGCCUGACACAGCAUCACGGACGCCGCAGUGUGCGAAUUGAGGUCACUUGCAACCACUGUGCCAAAAGUCUGGUGUUCUACAAUAAAUGCAGCCUCUUGUCUCAUGCCAGAAGCCACAAGGACAAAGGGGUGGUCAUGCAGUGCUCACACCUAAUUUUAAAACCCAUCCCUGCAGAUCAGAUGAUAAGUACAUCAAAUUCAUCAGGACCAGCUACUGUCACAUGUACCACCUCUACCUCUCAAGGACCUACAGGUCAAAAUCAAGGGAAAGUUUCUGAAAGUGGGAACCAAAACACUGUUGUAUCAGCUCCAUGCAACGUUCCUCUUGUAGCAGUCAUGCCCUUAGAGGAUGAUGCAUCAAAGCUCUACCGGCACAGCCUAAAGUGUAUGGAGUGUAAUGAAAUAUUUCAGGAUUACAACUCGCUAGCCAUGCACUAUCAACAAGUGACAGAGUCCAACAGUCAGAAGACAUGCACCAUUUGCAAAAUGCUUCUUCCAAAUCAGUGCAGCUUCCUAUCACACCAGCGAAUCCACCAGCACAAGUCUCCUUAUAUCUGCCCCGAGUGUGGUGCCAGUUGUCGCUCUGUUCACUUCCAGUCCCACGUCACCAAGAACUGCCUGCACUACACCCGCAGCGUCGGUUACCGCUGUGUCCACUGCAGUGUGGUCUUUACUGAUGUCACAACUCUUAAGUCCCACAUCCACAAGACUCAUUGUGAGAUCUUCUAUAAAUGUCCUCUCUGCCCCAUGGCCUUCAAGUCUGCACCGGGAACACAGUCGCAUGUAUACACACAACAUCUAGGAGUGAAGCCAGGAGAGCCCAAGUUGAUCUAUAAAUGUUCCAUGUGUGAUACCGUGUUCACUCUGCAGUCCCUGCUGUGCACACACUUCGAUCAGCACGUCAUCAAUCAUGAAGUUCCAGUUUUUAAAUGCCCUGACUGUUCAAUGCACUAUGCACAGAAGCAGCUCAUGUUGGAUCACAUCAGGGCCAUCCAUGGAACCCUAAAGACCAUAGAGGGUCCACCAAACUUGGGUCUCAAUCUCCCGCUCAGCACAAAGCCCACCAACGGCAACUGCCCCAAUAUUAACAUCAGCAAAGAUGGCGGGCAUGUCAAUGGGCAAGAAAAGGGAGAAAAGAAGUCUUCGUCUUCACCGCCAAGGAAAACCAAGAGCAGGUGUUCACCGGACUUCAAGGGCCCUCCCAGUUUAGGAUACACAUGUGGAGAAUGCAGUAGCCCCUUCAGCUCCAGGGAGCUCUUUGUGACACACAUGAGGCGAGAACAUGGCAAGAUAUUGAAGAAACAUCCGUGCCAACAGUGUGACAAGUCUUUCAGUUCUUCACACAGUCUGUGCAGACACAACCGACUCAAACACAAGGGACUACGGAAGGUCUACACUUGCUCGCAUUGUCCAGCUCUGAGCCAGACCUACACUAAAAGGGCGCUCCUGGAUCAGCACAUUCAGAUGAUGCAUGGACUUAAAUGCCCAGGAGGAAAGACUGAUAACGUCGACACUGGAGCCGACAAGCGAGCGGACCAGAGUCCUAAAAGGAAGCCAGAGGAAAAGGAGGGGUCUCCUGGGGUAGAUUGCAGGAGUUCAGACUCGCGACCACUGAAGAGGCUCAAGGUGAACAUCCUCAAGCUUCACAAAUGUGCAGUCUGUGGGUUCACCACUGAGGACAUCCCUGCUUUCCAUGAGCAUAUUCCCCAACACAAAUCCGACGGCUCGUCCUACCAGUGUAAGGAGUGCGGCCUGUGCUAUACCUCCCCUCGCUCACUGGCCAGACACCUCUUCAUCGUCCAUCGGCUGAAGGAGCCAGGGGGUCUCGGCCGAUACAACGGACGGGGCAAAGAAGAUGAAGAAAGUCAAAGAGAAAACCAGUUAGAUGUUACAGACGAGAACGAUGAUGGGACGCCAAAUACAAAAUGCAAAGUGUGUGGGAAGAUAUUUGAAACAGAAGGACACUUGAACACUCAUAUGAGGACACAUGGGAUGGCGUUUAUAAAGUCAAAGAGACUGAGUGCAGCCGAAAAAUGAGUGGUACGCCCUCUGUAAUCAUUCCAUACGUUCAUGAAGCCUAAGGUUCCUUCUAUCACUGUCGUUACUCUGUAAAUACAUGGUGUUGUAGUGUAUGACAAUAUGUAUACAUAUGGAAUAUGUCCUAUACAUCAAAGCCUUCAUCAAAGUUUUAUGUACCUUUCACUAAAUGAACAAGAUAGUUUUUGUACAGAUAGAGAUGUUUCUAUAACUCUUGAAUAUACCUUUUUUUUAAAGAAAGCCCUUUAUUUUAAAUUGUUUCCAAUGUUGUCUUGUCACUAUUAGUAGAUCACGUAAGAAACUAUUGCAGUGAUAUGAUUAUUUGUCAUAUAAUCAGCAGUAUUCUCAAGUUCCAGUGCUGCUAAUGUUCAACAAAUGUUUUCUACAGGAAAAUAUAAAACUCUCGAAGCUUCCAAUGUCCAUGACUGAGGUCUUAUAGUUCAACCUAUGUUUUAAGUCUUAUGCACAACCCAUGUACUUCUUCAAAGCUCAGUUUUUAUAAUAAGAUACUGACUUCGCCGUCAGUGCUGAAAUUAAAUCCCUGCAAUAACCUAGAACAGUUAAA